AUGGAAGGAGCGCCAAAGCGCGUGGCGAAGGUCGUUCCCCCGCGGUGGCCAGCGCAACACAAGGCUGCCUCCAGCGGCAGCAUACAAGCCCCAGCAGAGGAGGGUCAGACGGCAGCCCAGCAGCUGCGACAGCCGAAGGUGGUGCAGCCGAAGGCGGCGGUGCCAAAGCCCAGGACUGAGGCCGAGGAGAACUAUGACAAUUUCCUUGGCGGCGGCGACGGCCAGGGUGAUGCGUUUUUGCCUGGAGAUCUGUCACCAGACGUUUUGACCAACAUGUUCGGUACCUGCUGGGAAGCCAAGAGCGGCAAGUAUAACUUCUCCAAGAUCAGGAGAGAAAUGAAAUACCUCCUGAGUGAAAGGGAGAAGGACUACAAACAAGCGUUCUUGGUGAGGUGCCAGGCUAAGGAUGCCCAGCUUGAGGCAGAGAGGGCAGAGCACCGGCGAGAGAUGGGGGAGAAGGAUAAGGAGAUCUCUCAGCUGAAGCAGUUGGUCAACGCAUGGAGGGACACGAAGCUGAGCGACCUGCAGGACUGGGUUGAACACCGCACUCAGGAGGAGCUGCUGCCACUGAUGACCAUGGACGUGACGAAGGAGCUUCCACCAUGGAAACGUGAGAGAGAGCAGCUGGCCAGAUCAUCAGCGCCUUCGCCGCGGGCACCGAGUUCGCUGCCCGCCGUCAAGACCCUGCCGCCUGCACCGACUUCACCGGCCGCGACUGCCAGCGAGACUGAUGUGACUGAGGGUGAGACGGACCUGGAGGCUGUGGCGGCGGCCAAGCGGCCCCGCCGCGCAUGA